AUGAGUCGUCGUCGUUGUGGAGUCACCUACAAUGUGAAUCAAACGGGUAUUGGUCGUAUUAUUUUUAACGAGGAUCGCUCUAAAUUCCAGGGAUUACUGGUGAACGAUGAUGGCGAAUGUAUAUCGUUUAAUGGUAGUGCAAUCCCUGGAACUGAUGAUCCGACAACGAGUCUGAUGAAUAUUACUGUUAUCGAUGGCGAGACUGGCGACCAGUUUGGGAUCCACGGUGUUGCCGUUAAUUUCGCACCGAACCCGAACCCGAUAUCGUCCAAUUUCUUUGUCACCAUCAACUCUCAACACAUCAAGUUCACCACCACCGAUGUUCUCUUCGGCAAUCGGGCAGAUGUCGAAAUCCGUAAGUUUAUGGACCCGAGAAAGGUGGAAUGCGGAAGUAAGGUGCAUUUGGGUGAGAUGAGCAUCCAUCUGACAGCCAACCACCGAAUCAAACCGUCGAUACGUCGUGAGAGUGUUUGUGACAACUGCAAUUCAGCCAUUCUCGAGAUGUCUGAUGACUUUCUCGCAUGA